AUGUCUGCUGUUAAUGUGCUUCUCUCAGAGGACAGCCUGGUGUGUGGGAUAUGUUUGAAAAUGUUCAAGGAUCCUGUAACAAUCCCAUGUGGUCACAGUUUCUGCCUUAAAUGUAUUCAGAGCUGCUGGGAUCAAGAUAAGGAUAGUGGAGGCCACUGCUGUCCUCAAUGCCAAGAGCAAUUCACUCCCAGACCUCAGCUUCUCAGGAGCCAUGUCCUAUGUAGAGUGGUUGACGACUUCGCUUCAUCCAAGGGGAGCUUUUCUGAAGACUGCGUUGCUGGCCCAGAUGAUGUGGUCUGCGAUUUCUGCACCCACACCAAGCUACAGGCAGAACAGUCCUGUCUGGCGUGCCUGGCCUCUUAUUGCAGAUUCCACCUGAAGCCUCACCAGGAGAAUGAGGCAUUCCAACACCAUAACCUGACCCAGCCAGUGAAGAACCUCAGCCAGAGACGGUGCCCAGUUCACGGAAAAGCCCUUGACUUGUUCUGCAGAACAAAUCAGACCUUUAUCUGCUCGGUUUGUACAACAAAGGAACACAAGAACCAUGAAACAGUCACGGUAGAAGAGGAGGGAGCUGACAGAAAGGAAAAGCUUUUCCAAAAAGAACGUGAAGUAGAAGCAAAGAUAAAGAAAACUCUAGUCGAGCUCAGAUUUUUGCAACAAAAUGUUGACUCAAUCAUGAGCUCUUCACUUAAAGUGGAAUGUGAAAUUAGAGGCACAUUCUCUGUAAUGACUGAAGCCAUUGAGGAAGCCACUGAAGAAGUGAUUGGAUUGGUCGAGAACACAGUGCAGGCAGCACUGAGCCGGGCUGACAGUAUCCGGAGCCAACUAGAACAGAAAUGUGAUGAACUGAGAGAGGAGGAGCAGCAACUGAAAACCUUGUCAAAGAGCAGUGAUCAUGUGAUGCUGGUGCAGGAAUCUUUAGCUUUGAACUCAUCAUUGCAGACUUGGGAUAUCCCAGCGUUCAGCUCCAAUGUUGAAGCCAAGCUUCGCUGUGCCAGUAAAGUAGCAACUGACCUCUCAGCACUGGUUACAGGAUAUCUGAGAGCAGCUGUCAGGCAACUGAAAAACAACAAAAUAAAGGAACAAGACCGGGAUCUCCCCACAGUGACUCCUUUGUCUCAAGUUCCCCUGCUUCACCUGGAAACCAGAGAGGAUUUCUUACCCUAUGCUGUGAAUCUGACUUUUGAUCCCAACACAGUGAAUAAUUAUCUCCAUUUAUCAGCUGGAAAUCAGACGGUGACGGAAUGUUAUCCAGAGUCACAGGCCUACCCUAAUCACCCUGAGCGCUUUGACAGCUUAUGGCAGGUGUUAUGCAGUGAAAGCCUGGCCUGUGGUAAAUACUACUGGGAGGUGCAGGGUCAGACUUACACACACAACUUCCUGGCCAAAGUAGGGGUUGUGUAUGGCAGGAUGAAGAGAAAGGGGGCAGAGCGGUCAUGUUGUAUUGGUGAAAAUGCUAUGUCCUGGUGCUUGAACGUUUACCCAGAUGGGGGAACCUGGCUCCGUUUUUCCACAAGACACAGAAAUAAAGGUAUUAACCUCCCAGCAACCAGGUGCAACCGGAUUGGGGUUUACCUGGACACUGAAGCAGGCACCCUCUCAUUCUAUGCGUUCAGUGAUAGAAUAAUCCUUCUGUAUAGAUUCCAAGCUGUCUUCACUGAACCCCUGUAUCCAGCCUUUGGCCUUUAUUCCAAUUCCUCUCUCACUAUUCAGCAGUUUGAUCACUAGUUAUUGCUUCCAGCACCUCUGUUCUGACCUUGCACCUCAUUACCAAGCACAAUCCAGAUUUCCUUUCAAAAAUGUUUCCUCAGAGAUUAGUCUGAGCAAUUCCUAUGAGGUAGGACAAAACUGUCAGCAAGGUGGAGCUUCAUACAAGAAAGGGUUAUAGAGGGAGAGAGUGAAUUAAAGUGAAACAGAAUUAGUGAGCAGACAAUGACAGCUGCUUUACAUCAAU